AUGACCAUCUACAGACCCAUCAGGAGGGGAACAGUGAAGUGUUUGAAGGCUCUGGGGUUUGAACUGGACGGCUAUGAUGCUGACGUCAGGCCUCUUCUUCAGCUGGUGUGGGAGGUGAACAACAGCAUGAAGAUGAGAGACAUUGAGUAUGAAGCCAGAAGGCUGCUCAGCUGUCCAGAGGCCGUCCCUCCUAAUUUUCAACAUCCCAAGAUCAUCAGCCAGGCCCUGAAGUAUGCCGGGAUCCUGACCGAGCAGCAGCAGAAAGGCCCCAAGUCCAAACUGCUCUGCCCAAUGGAAGUGGUGUUAAAAGUGCUUCCAAAAGUCCUGCAGGGCUUCUGGUUGCCCCCUCCAAACACCUCCUUCAACAUGCCCUCCCAGCAGCUGAGUAAAAUGGCUGUUGGGGUCACAAAAGCAGUCCAGGACCGGGUAUCCAAGGCUCUGUCCUCCGUGCUCCUUCAGGCCACUUUCUCCUCCUCCAUCAGAGACAACAUGGUCCUGUCUAUCCAGGAAAAGGUUAGACAGGGUUACCCUCAAGACGUCCUGGUGAAGCGGCUCAACAGCUUUGCAGCAGAGGUGCUGAACACCAUCACUGAUGUUGCAGUGAGAGAGAUAUGUGCGCUGUUUCAGCCUCAGACUCCACAAGCUGUUCAGACCCCCUCUGAUGAACCUCCUGCACAAACUGCCGUCCAGAAUGACUUUGACAGAAGCCUGGACGAAACUGAACCACAACCAGACUCUGUUGGGGUUUCUACUCUACCAUGUCCUCUGACCACCUCUGAUGAACUUCCUGCCCACACUGCCAGUCCAGAACCAGACUCGUCUGUGGUUUGUACUCCACCGUGUCCUCUGACCACCACUGAUGAACCUCCUGCUCACACUGCCAGUCCAGAACCAUUCCCUCUGUGAAAACUUUGUGUAGAGAUGUGCCGUUUGUUUUUUUUAUUGUUCAUUUCACUUGUUGUAAAAAAAUAAAAAAAUUGCAUUAAAAAAAACAUGAUACAGGAACUCU